UUUGUCUUUGCAUAUCUAUUUUUUGUGCGUGACAGCUCGAAUUGGAGAAAGCGUUGCUGUCUGCGGAAUACGAAUCGGAAUCGUUGAAACUCAGUCAGGACGAGGGUGAAAAGAUAAAGGUGCAGAUGCGGAUAAACGAAUUAGAGAGGCAGAUGGCUGAGGAUAACACGAGCCAGGCGAAUUUGCAAGCGGAAGCGAAACAGAAAGUGCAAAGGGCUCAGCAAGCUUGCUGCCGUUUAGAGGAGGAACUGGCGAAUUGCAUGGACGAAAUUGUGCACCAGGAUAUUAGCAAGAAGCUUAUGGCUCAGCAAGACAUUCUGGAGUCGGAAAGGAAGGCUUUUGAAGAUUUGGAGUUCCAUCAUUUGGAAGAGGAAGCGAGCAAACUGGCAACCAGGGAAGAAUUACAGAGAUAUUUGAGCGAAUUGACGACCAAAAUAGAGACCAGGAAAGUACGACUGAGCCAUUUGGAAGCGCAGAGAUCUGAAGCAAAAAGCACGGCGACUAAAGAUGCAAGGAGCCUCGAAAGACAGAAGCUAACGCAUUUGAAACGGUUGGAAGAAGGUCGAAACCGAGUUAGAGCGAUUAACGAUGAACUGAUAAAGUUGGCGCAAAAUUCUUGCGAGAACGGCGACGAGAAACGAUCUCCGAGCAGGGAAGACUUCGACAGGAUCUCCAGGGUCACUACUGACUCUCCCAUUGUAAAUAAUCAGGGCAGCUUGGGAAGGAAGACUAUCGAAUCCCUCAAAGAAAUUGAGAGAAAUCGACAGCUUCAUUUAGCAAAACAAGGCAGCCAAGUAAUUUCGGAAGAAAGACGAAGAGUGGAGGAACUGAAACGAAGAGUACAAGACGAGGUUCGAUCGCAGUGGGAAGAAAGAAAGAUGAACUGUACGUCUUUCAACAGCGUUGAAUCAGGCGAAGAAUCCUCUAGUUAUUCAACGGGGCCAACAGAAAGUGGCAGUGGAAGCAGCGACAGUGCAGAGGGUGGAACCAGCGAGAAAUUGUCUCCUAGUAAACUUUCGGAACUUACGUCAUCCAGUCCAGGACCUUCGAAUAAUUCCUACAGUCUGCUUCAAAAUGAUAACAUGAGAGACGAUCGAAGGACAUCAAUGGAAGGCGAGAGACUUAGCAACAACAGCGGAGGAAUAAUCGACGGAAACGGAAGUCGUCCUCUUUCACAAACCUCCAGCGAAAUGGACACUCUUGGACCAUUGCAACCAGUCAAACAUCGUGAAAAGGCAAAACUGCAGAGGCCGCUUACGAGAUACCUUCCCAUCAAGUCGGAGUCGCUGGACCUGAGGCAUCAUAUUGAGACUGCCGGGCACCAGUUACCUCUAAUACACGAUGUCACGGUCGAUACGACCAGUUGCAGUGGUUACUUGUCAAAAAUGAGCAAGAAGUUCCAUCACUGGAACAAACGGUGGUUCGUCUUUGACCGGAAGAGGAAGACAUUGUCGUAUUACAGCGACAGCUCGUCCAGAAAGGCGCGAGGGGUGAUAUAUUUCCAGUCGAUCGAAGAAGUCUACGUGGACCACAUGAAUACCGUACGAUCGCCGCAGCCAUCACUGACUUUCAUCAUCAAAACGUCGUCUAGACUGUAUCAUUUAAUGGCCCCGAGUCCAGAGGCAAUGAGAGUUUGGGUGGACGUUGUGUUCACUGGCGCCGAGGGAUAUCAUGAAUUUGAUCAUGGUAUCUGAUAGAUCAACCGUUCUUACAUUUCUGGUCGAGAUUCGUUUUACUCUCAAGGAUCGUGAUAACAUGAUUCCUCGCCUGUAGCCUGCAGGUUCAGAAAACGAGCUUCGUGAUCGUUCAAAGAUACAAUUUGUCACGAAUCGAACUACAGCCGCCUACACUUUGAAACUGGAUUUGACUUGGACGUCAAAGACACAAGGAUCUUGAAUUUUAUGGAAUUGAUGGUUAUAUGGGUCUUGAAUUUGAUAGAAAUUGAUGGUUAUAUCGAUACUAAAUCCACUCAAUUAGAUAAUUGUACAUAAAAAUAAAUCCAAAGAAAAUUGCUAGAGACAAAAACUUAGCAUGAAACUCUGAUGUAUUGGAUUCAAUGAUGAUAAAUUGAUAAAUUUUAUAUCGAUACCAAAUCUACUCAAUUAGGCUGUAAAUCCAAAUUACAUUUAUUCAUUAAUUGCAAAAAUUACUGAAAACAAAAGCGGAUAUCAUAGAUAAUGAUAAAAACUUUAAUGUUUUGGUAUAAUAAUAAUAACAAUGAUAAAUUGAUAGAUGAUUUAUGUGAUCUGCUUGAUUCGAUAGGAAAAUUUUGUAUCGAUGAUGGAAACAAUUAUAUUUGUUAAAAGAUGAGAACAUUGUACGUCAUAUAAAAACAAUUACUCAUUGAAGUGCAGGCUGAUCACGACUUGAUUCUAUUUGAACAAAGUGGUUGAAUUUUAUAGAAUUUACUGUUAAACUUUGUUUAGACAUUAUUAAUCUAGUCUUCCAGAAUAACUACUUUCACGGAUAAUAAUGAGUUAAUGUCCCAACGUUUGAUGAAGAAAAUCUACAAUGAUAUGAACGUGUAUUCUGGUAUAAACCAGAGACAAAGUCCUUAAAAAAUAAAUAUGUAAAUAUGCCCCAUUUUACAUUUUACAGUUACACUUUAACGAUUUAAAUAAGUAUCUUAAUAUUGCUUAAUGCCAAGGAUUAUAUGAAAUAAAAUCUUCUAUAUCUCUUUGUAUAUCCAAAGGAACUUCUAGAACACAUACAUAUAAUGAUUUUUCACGAUUCUCAUAUUUACAUAUUGAUCUUUCAAUUCUAGAAAUGAUUGUAGAACUUUUACAUGUCCCUCGUUAAAUAACAAAGUUAUUACAGUCCUUAGAUAUUAAUUUUCGUUAGCACUAUUAAUAAACGCACUUCGUAAUGACACAAAUUAUGAAUAUUCCCCGACACGUGUAAUGUUCGUCUUUAUAACUUUUUUAAUCAACAAAUAAGUCUGAAUUUUGAUUAAUGUUUAAAGGCUGAAAGAGCUUAUAAAUAUAACAAGGUUUAUCAAAAUUGAAAAAUGUGUUCGCGACCGAUUUUCAUCAACUGCCUUAUAUUAUAAAUCGAGGAAUAUCUGUAGUUGGUGUACAGAUUGUCGAAUAUCCCGUAGAAUUUUAUGACACAGUUACAUAUAUAUAAAUAAUCAUUCAAGCACAAAAAAAUCGCGAUCGAUCAAACUAUUUUAUAAAAGUUUCGAAUCAUUUUACUUUGUCUGUUGGAAUUAUUACAUUUUUACAAUUUAAUUAUUAUAUAUAUCUUGUAAUUGAAUUUUUGCUAAAAAUUAUAUCGUUAGAGUAAAAUAAAUUAUAAAUUAUAUUAUGUACUGUGCGUAUGAUAUUUUUGGAUACAUUUACAAAAGAUAUUAAAAGGCUCUUUAUUAAUGAACUAUUCACCUUAUAACGAAUGUAUAAAUACCUAAGUAUUUUAGGAAUAAGUAUCUUGUAUAAUAAAAUAAAAAUAUUUACGAACACCUUAA